AUGCCAGAGCACAUUGUUGUGCGAUGCUUUUUUUGUCAGACGCACCAGGUGACGCAGAGAAACAAGAAGCAGAAGUUUGACUGCAAACUCUGUGGCGCCAAACAGUCGGUGAAAGCCGUGCUGGCAUCCGGUACGGCCGGCAAAGAGCUGCGAGAGGUCGUGCAGCAGCUGAAUUUCACGAAGGGCAAAGAGGCCGAAGCCCUGCGUCUGCAAAGAGCGGACGAGUUUCGGCAAAGCCAGGCUGAGCCACUGCCACUGCAGAAUCAUGCGGCCCCCGAGACGAGGCCAACCCUUGAUGCAGCCCCAAAGUGGGCUCGAUUCUGCGAGUCUGCUGCUCCUACGCAGACCGAUGCCGCUGUCCAGGAAGAGGAUGGCUCUUACGCCACGAAUUUCGGAGACGGUUGGGCCGUCGGCGUUCGACGAAAGCGCAAGGAUGCCACAUCUUCGGAUGGUCCUCGCAAAGCGCCGCGAAAUUCCGACGAGGUGGAUCCGCAGAGCAAUGCCAGCACUGGGCCUGCGCCCAGCUUGGCCCGCGCGACGAGAGUGCCCACACCAAGAAGUCAAGGAAAUCACUUGCAAAUCGGCCAGCUGACAGAGCCCAGCACUGGCUCUCGCUGGUCGCGCUUCAUGGGGAGCUAA